CUUGCCCUUUUUUCAUUUCAUAAGCAUAUACACUCACAAUUUUGUCUAUGCAUUAAUGAACAUGAUGAAGUUAUAUCAAUUUGAAUUUCUCUUAUCCCUCUUCCUUAUCAUUGUCAAUACAACCUUUUCGGGUUAUGUCCCUCAAUUGUCUCCUUCUCUUGGCAAACAAAUAGGGAAGACAUUAGACAAGAUCAAACAAUCUCCUCCAUCAGAUGAACAACCAACAAAAGAGAUUGAAGGCCUAUCUCAAAUCAAACAACAUUUGGACACUUUCGGCUACUUCCAACGAUCUCCGCUGGACUUUGAUGACGUUCUAGACAAGGAAACAAUAUCCGCUAUUAAGGCUUACCAACAAUUUUUCAAUCUCCAGGUUACUGGUCACCUAGACUCCGAGACUUUACAACUACUCUUGUUACCAAGAUGUGGUGUUCCUGAUAUGAAUUUUGAGUACAGCUUCACUGACGCAAUUAAUAUAUCAUUACCGAAAGGAAACAAGUGGUUUCCCAAGGGCACGAAAAAGCUUACGUAUGGUUUUCAUCCGGAGAGCCAAAUCUCAACUGACAUGAUCAAAGUGUUUAGAAAUGCCUUCACACGAUGGUCGCAGACCACUAGGGUCCUAAAUUUUAGCGAGACAACAUCAUACGAUGAUGCUGACAUUAAGAUUGGAUUCUACAAUAUUACCUACAAUGAUGCAGUUGAUGAUGUUGUUGUGGGUGACUCUUUCAUCAGCUUGAAACUUGAUUCGAAGGCGAAGUCAGGUUUGAUACGUCUAGACGCUUCAAAGUACUGGGUGUUGCCAACUACCUACUUUUGGUACUGGGAAUUUCACCAAUUCGACUUGGAGACUGUUGCCAUGCAUCAAAUAGGUCAUCUACUAGGACUUGAUCACUCGUCUGAUGAGGAGUCUAUUAUGUACCCAACAAUAGUGCCAUUGCAACAAAGGAAGGUGCAGAUAACAGUUUCAGAUAACUUAGCUAUUCAACAACUCUACACCAACUCUGUCAAAGCCAAUCCAGACUCUGAUCAUAGUGGGUGCUUCAAACUUUUUGAGUCUACUUUUGAUACCUCUUUGUCCCUUGGUUUUGCUUUCGUGGCUCUGAUGAACUUGGCUUUCUAAUUAAUACAUCAUUUGAUUAGGGACUCACUUUUACGUAAGUUAAAUAAUUAAUUUGUGUACUUUACUUCAUGUGUCAUUUUCGGUUAAUGUUAAAUAGUUUGUUAUGGGGUAUCAUGAUACGUGAUUAUUGUAAUUGAUUAGAUAUCCAUUGGAGUGCAAAA